CUUCCCCUUUCUGUCACUGUCUGAUUACCGGUUGCAGUUUUUGUAAAACUUGUAAACAACCGCGCUUUUCUAAAAUAUUUGUACUUUUUUGGCUAAUUACCUAUACACAUUUAUUGCUACAGAGAUAAUUAUAAAGUACAAAUUGAGUAGUUGCCACUAAAUGAACUACUCGAUAAGAAUGUUCAACACAGUUCAAAAGUUAUGAUUCGUUAGUAAAAACAGUUACAGCAGCAAAUUCACAAGAAUAUCAUAUUUCCUAGCGUUUACUGAAAGCCCUCGUGUCUAAUUACAGUAAAGAUGAAACUGGGGCCUGAUUUACAAGUGAAGCUGGAAAGGCUGAAAGUAUAUAAAUGUGAUAGAUGCCCAAAGGUCUUCCCGAGUUUAAGUGACAUUAUGAACCACAUGUCAUAUCAUGAUCAGCAUUUUUUUUCCCAUUUAAUAAGUGCGCAUGUGGUACUAGAAAGAGCUACAUUUUUCAGUUGCGAUCUCUGCCCCGGAGGGUUCUCCACUAACAGAGAAUUGAUGCUUCAUAAGCUUCAACACGUACAACAGAAAGUGAAUAAUCAAAGAAAGCUAGGCAGAUGUCAAAUAAGCACUGAUAUACCGAAGACCUAUAAAUGCCCGGACUGUGAUUAUUCAUUUGUUGAUGAAAGCACUCUUAAAACUCAUUCCGUGCUUCACUUGCCGUUCCCACACAUUUGUCAUUGUGGCAUUGGAUUCUACAAACAAUAUGAUCUGAAAAACCACAUGAAAUUGGUGCAUAGAACUGGUGAAAAACAGAAAGACAAAAAAGAUAUUCUUAAAAAACAGACGCAAGACAAAAAACAUGGCACAAGUAAAGGAUCGAAAAUAAAAAAAGAAAUUGUGACCAAGAACAAAAAAGGAAAACAGAGAUCUACAGAUAAGAAAAUUAGAAAACGAAAAUUUAUCACUCCACCAAAACCAAAUAUAAAUGUAAGGAAAACUGAUGACAAUAAAUUUGAGUGUCCUGUAUGUAAAAAAACUUUUAUAGAAAUUCAUCGUGUUUAUGUCCACUACCGCAUACAUUCAGGGGAACGUCCAUUCUCAUGCCAUAUAUGUGGAAAGUCGUACACUCAGAGUUGUGUUCUUUCCACUCAUUUACAAACCCAUAAUACAGAGAGAACCUUUAAAUGUAGGCAUUGUCCUAAGGCUUUCAAAGCAUCAGCCUACAGGGACCGUCAUGAAAUCAUUCACAGUGUUGUAAAGCCGUAUGAUUGUCCGUAUUGCAACAAAGGUUUUCAUGAUAUGUCAGCCUUGGCACGCCACAAACGAACACAUACUGGAGAAAAACGGUACAAAUGCCCCUUCUGUCCUAAAGCAUUUUCUGAUGUCAGUGGCUACCGUAGACACAAAUUACUUCACGAGAAAGGAGGACGGUUCGAGUGUGAUAUUUGCUUAAAAGUAUUUCCCCAAAUACACAAGUUACGAUUUCAUCGCUUGAAUAUGCACGAAUCAAAGGAUUCUAAAUUCUACUGCGAUUUUUGUAAGAAAUUUUUCCGUAAUAAAAGCUAUUUAGUCAUACAUAUGCGUUGUCAUAUGUUUCCGGAAAAGGUUGUUGAAUGCAAGGAAUGUCAUAAAAAGUUUAAUAGAGACUCAUAUCUGCAAAGACAUAUUAGGGAUGUUCAUGAAAAUGUCUUCAAGCGCAACCCUGAGAUGGAGUGUGAUGCAUGCUCAAAAAAGUUUUUAUGUAGAAAGUCGUUUAUGCAUCAUUAUUUCAGUAUACAUUCCGGGGUACGUUGCCGUAAGUGCUCUCGGUAUUUCGCUGGCAAGACACACUUACAAUAUCACAAAUUGCUCGAGAGUGUGGAAUGUUACAUAUGUGAUAAGAAAUUCUUUUGUAAGAAUACCUUAGGAAUACAUGUGCGAAAGGUCCAUAUAAAGAAACGACCUGUAAAAUCUGAGGAGUAAAUCAGACAGAUUUGCUACUCCGAAGUUAGCUAUUUAGCGCCUUCGCGCAUGCGUAAUAAAGAGUAUGUUUUUUGUUACUUUUAUGAAACGCGUUAAUUGUUCAUGAAUAUAUAUUGACGACGUGUUAAAGUUAUCCUGAUGAUGUACAAAAAAGUUAUUUCCUUGCUAGUUUGUACAUAAUUAUUUCAUAAAUUUAGUUUGUACCAAAAAUCAACAUUUAUUUGUCUAUGCAAGUGGGAAAGGAUGAAAUCAAAUUAAUUUACAAUCAUAAUUGUGGAUUUAUUUGAAUAAUUAUAAAAAAUAUUUUUAUUAAGUUCAUAACUUCUUAGAUAACAAGAAAGACUGAUGUUAAAAUGAAAAAUAAUGAACACUAACUAAUGUAAGAAAUUAUUUCUUGUUACAAAAAAUUGUUAUAACCACUGUAAUUAAAAAAAUCUCAUUUAAUAA